AUGGGCCAUGCUAUGAGCACAUUUCAAGAGUUCAGCGCAGCCGCUCGGAAUAGAAAGGCUGUUCCCAUAUUCGUUGUGUCUCUUGAUGCAUUGGGAACCUUGUACGGGUUCCGAGAACCUAUUGUUGUUCAAUACCUCAAGGCUGCUCAUCAAUGUGGCUUGGAUACCAGAGCUAUCAAGCCAGAAGCUCUUCAGAAGUCCUUUAGAGCCACCUUCAAGCGUUAUAGCCAAGACUUCCCUAACUAUGGUAAAGGCAAGCUCAAUCAUCCAGAGGAAUGGUGGACAAGACUGCUUGGGGAGACCUUCACCGAUGUCACCAAGCAUCAGGCUAGCAUCCCAUCCAAGCUGGCACCAAUGCUUUACGAGCAAUUCUCCUCAAAGGAUGCAUACGAACUCUAUCCAGAUUCCGUUUCAUUCCUUCAAACCAUGCAUGCGUUGAAAGAUCAGUAUUCUGAUCCAGAUGGUCCAUUGCUAUGUGUUGGUGUCAUCACCAACUCAGAUCCUCGAGCUGAAUCAGUCCUCAAGUCUCUCGGUCUCCAGGUCGGGCCUUCAAAACCUGUUGCCAUACCGGCGCAGAUAUUGCCUAUGGGAGGUCAUAAAGCGAGACUAUUGCUUUCAAAGAGCAAAUACGACCGAGGCAAUGAUAUUGACUUCUUAGCCACAAGCUACGAUGCUGGGGUUGAGAAGCCUGCAAGUGGCAUUUGGGCAUAUGCUGAAGCGUUCACUCAGGGUAUCGCUUCAGUUCGAGCAGAGAAUUCUUUGGGGAUUCCUCUUCAUGGUCGUAGUGUUGAGCAGUCCACCGAUGACUAUAAGAACAUCCUGAUUGAAAGUCUCAGAGUCUCGGAUGGGAAAGUCAGCUGGAUACAUAUUGGGGAUGAUAUGACAAAGGAUUACGAGGGUGCACGACAAUACGGCCACCAUGCUUUGCACCUCGAUCGAGGGGACAAUAAAGGUCCAGCAAGAAGUACUAGAACAUGGAGCCCGAGUGAACACACGGUCUCGAGUCUGGAGGAAGCCGCAUUGAUUGUGAACGUGAUGGCUCAGGACCAUUUCAAGGCCAAUCCUGCCGCGAAGGUCAUGGCUUCAUGA